AUGGAGGAGUUACAGCAAAGUAUGGGAUCUGAAGCUUCAAACCAGCCACCGAUUACAAACGUUAUCAACCCCAAUGACUACACCAAAAACCUUUCUUGCCUCAGAUUGACUCAUUAUUUGAUAAAAGCACUCCUCAAACCCUUUCUCACUUGCAAUGGACACAUCGAACCUGAUUUUGACGCCAACAUUGAGCAAGUCUUUAGCAUUGUCAAUCUUGUUGGCUUAGCAUCAACUUACAAAGUCAAAUCUUCUUCUGACGCAAUCUAUUUGUAUUUCCGCAAUCUCUACCCAAAAUGGGGCUUGAGUUUCGCAAUCUUACCAGGAUUGAGUCGUUUUCAUUUAGUCAACAUAGAGGAGAGAGAUAAGGAGCAAUUGGCAAUGUUGGAGAACCGAAUGGAGACAAACCUACAGAGUAGGCCACUGAAGAGAGAGAGUACAGGUAAAGAUAUACGCGAGCUGUCUUCUCAAUUUGAGCAGGUAAGUCAAGCUAACACCUCUUUGCAAAUAACAGCACCGAGCCUAAUUGAAGACAACCGACAAGAGAGCUCUCUGCAACCUGACGUCGCUGAGUAUCAGGGGCAGGAGGAGCUGGUUGAGUUGUUGCAUGAAAAUUCAGUUGAAAGUUUUAGUGGGGAGAACAAUGAAGAGUGUUUAGAUUUUGUCCUUAAAGUCCCUGGAAAUCAAUGGUUGGCAAGCACCUUAGAGGAAGAGGACACAGGUACCCAUGACAAUACAUCAACAAAUCAAAGUAUCGACCCAUUUCAACGAAACCCCUUUGUUCUAAGAAACUAUCUGGUUCGUAGUGAGCUUGCCAACCAGUCGAGAACUCCUGACCGUUUGAAUAUGUGUGGCACGUUCACAAAUGAACCUCGACAAAGCGUGGGUCUCCCCUCAGCCUCGCAAAUAUCAAGCCGGUUGUUGCUGACAACUAGCGUGACUUUGGGUGAUGAUCUUGUAGAUUGGUAUGAGCAAAUAUUUUGGGAGUUGGAGGAAGAUUUGAGGAAUGAACGCAGAAGGAAUCAAACAAGUUUGAAUCCAGCUUCAAUCAAUUUUGCCUGGGCUUCAAAUAUUUUACCCUCAUACACUGUGCGACAACCUAGAGAGAACGAAAGCUUUUAUCCUAUUUCUGGAGACUUACCCCCUGUGUACUCAAGCUUGAUUUGA